GAGAGAUUAACAGCGCCAGGCUGAAUACAAAUGAAGACUGACAGGCAGCGGGUAGCAAUCGGUAACCAAGAAACAACUCUAGCAGGUUGGGGGAAAACAGGGUGACUGGAUGCUAGUUGUUAAAUGUAACUGGUGCUACGUAUGGGCCAUUCAUUCCAUGUGGAAAGACUGUGAACUGAUUACCACUGAGAUGAUCUGUUAAACCAGUUGAGUAGUAGUCUGACAUUUUUAUUUAAAACCAUCUCCACCAACCAUGGCAACCGAAAAUGAUGUCACUCAAACGCAAAUAUCCUCAGAAGAGGAAAUGUCAAAGGUUAACCUGUCAAAUCUCAGUCGACUUCUUGUAGAAGGUGGAACCCUUUCAAUGAAGGAGCUUUUUGACAGUAUCCACCCUCCAAUUACUUUACACGAGCACCUUGCAAAAGGGGAGGUUCACAAGACCCUGCGUGGACUGAAAUCCAGGGGACUAAUUAGCGAGGCACAAUGGGGGAAAUUAUACCCAAGGAGGAAGAAAAAUGCCAAUUCUGAGAACUACGGCCCUACUCUCCUGUACAUUCUCCUGCGUCACAUCUGUCACUUGGCGCCACCUUACCCAAAUGGUUGGGACAGCUGUCCCCUGCAGAGUGAUAAAGGGAUCUCUGCAGAUGUUGCGAGAGUACAGUGGUACAGACGGCAGCUGGUCUCGCUGGAUUCCCUUCCCGAGAAAGACUUCAAUGGCUACUGGUCACAUAUCACGGAGGUAUUGUUACGCAUGGGGGGACCAAUAUGUAAUGUUCGCAUCAAGAGAAUGCAGCGCGAAGCCAUGGACGGUGAGAUGCAACAGCAUUAUAGAAAUGUUUUGAAAUCUUGGCACCAAGCCAGCAGUAAUGUUGAGGCUAUAGAGAGAGAGAUUCAACAAUCAAGGAACAAGCCGCUCUCACUGGCUUCACCACGUCAGAGAUUACCUGCUGUGAACAGUAAAGAGAAAGGCGGGAAGAGAGGAAAGAAAAAAGCAACUUUGUUCAAUGAUCCAGAUUCAUCAGGCAUGUCACAAGAAGAAAGAAACAUCCUCCUCAAAUUCUACAAAACGUUGGUGGACAACAUUCAAGCAGAUGACGUUCUGGCUCGACUGGUAGAAGACAGGGUCCUCACCACUGUGGACAAGGAAAACAUAAACACCCAGAAAAGAAACACAGAGAAAAUGCGGGAACUGCUGGACAUCCUUCCUCGCAGGGCCUCCCAUGCAUAUAUGGCUUUUUGUGACGCAAUUCGCUUCAAGUAUCCCGAGAUUCAUGAGCAGAUGUCUCAGGCUAGGGCCGCCAUGUAUAGAGAGGCCAUUACAAAUAACUUUGAUGUCCUAGAGUACUGUAGAGGAGUUCUCAGCAAUGUCUACAAAUCCCAGUACAGCCGCUGGAGACCAGCAACAUGGCACGAAUCAGUGCAAGUGGAUCUGCAUGAAUUCACAGUACCCCUAGAGCUGACAGACUCACAAGGGAGGGUGCUGCCCAACAAUGAGAUCUUUGACCCUCACCCAAAAUGUGAGGCUCCAGGAAGGGUUCUUCUAUCAGGUCUUAGUGGGUAUGGAAAGUCCACUGCUCUGAAACAUAUGGCUUACUCCUGGGCAAAGAACCAUGGAUACUUCCCCAAAAACUUUCAGCUUCUCUUUCUGGUUGAUCUUAGAAUGAUGUCCGAGAACCAAAGCCUACAAGACGCUAUCUUUGAUCAGCUGAUUCCAUUCAAUUUCAAACUGACUAAGGAUGAACUUUGGUCUUUGAUAGUAGCCAAUCAGAAAGAUACUCUCUUUCUGUUGGAUAGCUAUGAUCAUGUGACCUCCUCAAACAGAGUCUUCUCUGAUCUGAUUGGACAAAAACUUUUAGACAAGGUGCAUAUUGUCAUGACAACUGAACCAAGCUAUGUCCAAUCACUGAUGAAGUAUUGUGACACUGCUCUUCACAUUAUGGGGAUCACAAAGGUGGAAGCCAAGGAGGACCUCGUUAGGCAAUAUGCCCAAUCAACCAAAGUAUCUGUUGAAAGCUAUGCUGGUUUAAUGUCAAAGCUUGCAUCAGAAAAUGAAAUCGCACUUUGUGCCCUGACACAAAGUCCCUUCAACCUUCUCAGCCUGUGUGGCACUGUUGAAGCCAAAGUGAGUCUCCAGUUUGGAACCCAGACUUUCAUCAUGGACCAACUGAUGCUGAGCUUACAGAGGCUGUUCUGUACCAGACAGGGGGUGGAUGUUCCGGGCGGGAUACUCCCCGAAGAAAUCAAGAGGACAAUCAGCCAGCUUGAAGAAAUAGCCUUCCAGAGCAUGUUAAGUAAGAAGACAGUCUUCAAGUGCGAUGAGCUCAAUAAAACCUACAUCAAUGCCCUCAUCUAUAAACUGGGUCCUAUGGUGAAGUUCCAAUCCAAGCGCCCUAGAAGUACAGAAUACUGCAUGUUUGCUAACAAGGCUUUCCAAGAGUACCUGGCAGCCAGAUAUCUAGCAGAUAUGACACAGGAAAGGUUCUUUGUCUACUCUCAACAGCUGGUCAAGGAUAAGUCCCUCCACAAUGUGUGCGUGUUCUACUGCGGACUCAAACGCCACAGCUACGAGGUCUCCACAGUCAAAAUCCUCCACGAUCUGUUCUCACUUAUGGCAAAACACAAUCUAACAAAAUGGAGGGCUAUCACAUUCUCUGUUAAUGGAAAAAGUCUAGGGAAGAGGCAGAACUCUCUCCUUAACAAAAGCACAAGACGUGCCUUCACUCACGUGGACCUGAAAACUCAAGCUGCAAGUGACUACAGGAAAACUGAUGUGAAAAAUGGUGCUGAUGAUUCUUUAAAGGAUAAGAAACUUGAGGGCAGGGUACUGGACUUCAUCCUCAGCUUAGAGUGUGUCAAUGAGUGUCAGGGGAGAAAGGACAGCACAGACCUCAUUGCUAAAUCAAUCCCAGCAAGACUCCUGCUGCGCCAACGCGAGCCAAUAUCAGCGGCAGCCAUUAACGGCCUGGCCAGUGUGGUCAGGUCGCCAGACUGUCAAGUGACCGAGAUGGACAUUAAGGUGAACCAUUUCUGUACAUACAACAGAGAAACUCUGCUGACUUUAGCCGAGGCUGUUAGGGACAGCGCCAAUAUCAGCAUUCUCAAGUUGAUAUCCUUAGAUACUGGCACCUCCACUUACUUCCUGGCAACUGCACUCAGGGGAAACACCAGCAUUAAGACAGUCAAAUGCAUAGAGGAGUCUCAAAGUGAGAAUGACAAGAUCUCAGCCUCAGUUUGGGCCAACUUACAAACAGCAUGUCAAAACAUGACCCACGUCACUUCGCUGACAUUUGUCAACAUGACCAAUGCGCCUCUCCUCUCAAACAUCAUCCGCCAUACUCCCUUAUCCAUCCAGGAGCUCCACUUCCCCUGCUGCUCCCUCAACCUCGUCUCUGCUGAGGAAAUGAGCGUCAAACUCGAGCACACCAAGCAACUCCAGGUCCUGAACCUCUGUGGAACCAAACUUGAAAGCAUGAACAUGCUGUCCAUGGCGCAGGGUCUGAAAGUCAACCAGUCUCUAAAAGAGCUACUUCUGACUGACACCCAGCUAGACAACAAUGGCAUCCAGGCCCUCAGCGAGGCACUGAAAUUCAACCACACUGUCCAGCGCUUGGACCUCAGCAGGAUUAACAUAUCAAACCAGGGCUGCCGGACCCUCGCUGCCGCUUUAGCUGUCAAUGUCAGUGUCCAGGAAGUACUUUUAAUGGGGACCAAGAUCAGCCGAGAGGGGAUGAGAAUUGUGAAGGAGAUUAAAAAAGAAAACCUCAACAUCGUGGGGUUAGACUCCAUCUAUAGGCCGGCUCCAGUACAUAUGACAGCCAAUACAGAGGUUCUGCUGUAGACCACUCCAGAUUAGACUUUGUUAAAAACUUUCAAGGUGCCUUUUAAAAGUUGACUCAAUUUCCAAAGUUAUCUUUUCUUACUAUUAAUAGUGUUAUUCAUAAACAAAAUGUCAGCAAUGGCCUUAGCCAGAAGCAAAAGCCCACACUCAUAACUUUCUAUGUUUAAAUAUGAACUUCAGGGUAUUAAAAUUAAUGCAUUUUGAAGGACGAUAAAUCUGCAGCUGUAAAUGUUCAUAUUUCCACAAGGUGGCAAUAACAAUAACAUAAGGGGCCUCAAGUUUUCAAGUAUUUAACGAGCGAUAACUAGGCCAUUUUAUAUUAGGUAUAUACGUGCUAGAUAAGCUA